UGGGGUUUGGGCUUGUACCCUUGGCUUUCGCAUGACAAAUAAAAACCCUAGGUGCCGCUUUCCUGCUCUUCUACUUCAAGCACGCCCACCAUUUCCUCAAAGAGGGGCUUUGAUCUGCACGUCUCCUUACCCACAUGGCUCCCAAAAGAGGUGUGAAGGCCCCAGUAUUGGCAAAAAAGAAACCUGAAAAGGUUGUCAACCCUUUGUUUGAGAAGCGGCCAAAGCAGUUUGGUAUUGGUGGUGCACUGCCGCCAAAAAAGGACUUGACUAGGUUUGUCAAGUGGCCUCAUGUUGUUCGCAUUCAGAGACAAAGGAGGAUUCUGAAGCAACGAUUGAAGGUUCCUCCUGCUGUUAACCAGUUCACCAAAGCACUUGACAAGAACCUUGCUACACAACUCUUCAAGCUGUUGCUCAAAUAUAGACCCGAGGACAAGGCAGCUAAGAAGGAAAGGCUUCUUCAAAGAGCACAAGCUGAAGCUGAGGGGAAAAGUGUGGAAUCAAAGAAGCCCAUUGUUGUUAAGUAUGGGCUUAACCAUAUUACCUACCUCAUUGAGCAGAACAAGGCCCAAUUAGUAGUUAUCGCACAUGAUGUUGAUCCAAUUGAGCUUGUUGUAUGGUUGCCUGCCUUGUGCCGGAAAAUGGAGGUUCCUUAUGCAAUUGUGAAGGGCAAGUCACGUCUUGGAGCGAUCGUCCACAAGAAAACAGCUGCUGCUUUGUGUCUUACAUCAGUGAAGAAUGAAGAUAAAUUAGAAUUUAGCAAGAUUUUGGAAGCAGUGAAGGCCAACUUCAAUGACAAGUUUGAUGAGCACCGCAAGAGGUGGGGCGGUGGCAUCAUGGGCUCCAAAUCUCAGGCCAAGACCAAAGCUAAGGAGAGAGUCUUGGCAAAAGAAGCUGCACAAAGGAUGACUUGAGCUUCUAGUGUGUAGCAGAGAGAAGAAGUUAUAUGCAUAAAGAAUUUCUUUUCUGAAGGCUGAAAUUUUGCAUUUUCUUUUUAUUAUGGAUUAUUUUUUGUGGACAAGUUUUUGCAUUGAUCUUGUAGCUCAGAUACUUGUCAUAUUAUCUUGUUAUUAAGGAUUAGGAGGGAGAAAUGAGUAUUUAUAGGCAACACUUAAGUUUAUCCUUCAA